AUGCCACGACCAAAGAAAGGUACGCUAGCUCGGGGCGAAUCUCUCGGAAAGGCGCGGGAGAAGCGCAAAUUACAGCGAGAACACAUGGAGCGGAGAGGAUUGGAAGAAAAAGAGGAACUCGAAAAGGCGGUGGAACGGCUGGCGGAGGAGGUGGAUAUGUGGAAAUGGAGGCACGAGGGGGCCGAAGUAAUCAACGAAGUGCUCAAGGAUCAGGUCGACGAACUGAGCAGAGACAAUCGGGAAUUGAACGGGAAAAUCGAUAGAGAACGGGCGGCGCAUCGGGAAACUAUGCUGGAAUUGCAGAGAACUCGCACUAAACUCGAGUAGGGUUUUUUCAAAAUCGAAAUUGGCAAAAACACGUUCACGGCGACCAAAAGUGUAGAAAGGGGCGUGGCCUAAUCUGAGACGCGUUUUCUGAAAAUUGCCGCAAUUCCAGCACAUUUCCGAUAUUUUUGUGUUUGAUAUCGACGAAAGAAGAGACAUUGAAGAGAGAAAACAUCGAAAUUUUCGUGAAAACGCCGCCUUUUGAGACGUUUUUGGCAUAUUUCGCAAUAGGUUCUCCGCGGCCAAUCGCCGCCGCAAUUUCGGAAUUUUCAUACUGGCCGAUCUGGAUAGUUUUGAGACGAAGUAAGUGUCGGAAGUGAUUAAGCACGUUAAUACAAGUAUUUUAAGCGUUCAAACCGCAAAAAGUAUCGGCGAAUGACUGAAAUUCGCGCAUUUUCAGUACAAAACUUGAAAAUCGAUUCAAUUGAUUCAUUUCUGAAUGAAACCUGCUCGUUUUAAGCUCAAAAAGUGCGCGAUGAUCAGUUUAACAAAGUUAUGCAAUUGCAUCGUCGAAAUCUUACAAAAUUUGGGUAAUUUUUUACGAAAAACAUGAAAAAUGGGGUUAAAUUUCGAAUUUCGCGCCAAAAUGGUGAUAAAUCGUGCACGCUAGGCCACGCCCCUUUCUACGUUUUUGGUCGCCGUGACACGUUGUUUUUCUGUUUACCUGACCAAGAAAACACGCCGUGAUGACGCAAACAAUGGGCAGAAAACAACACAAAAACCAAUGAUUUCGUGUUUUCGCGCGUAGAUCAGACGGGUCUCGCAGCGAAUAGACAAAUUUAUGCAAAUUAUGGAUGCGCCAAAAGAGACAUCUUGCCCGAGACCAUUCUCUUCUCUGCCUCCCCCAACCACUCGCUUCCCAGGGGCCAUUGUUAUAUACCGCGCGACGGAACAACGGAGUGUCGUGGGACACUUACUCUUCUGAUCAAAUCUUGGCCAGCGACCAGUGAUGUCCGUCUUCCGUCUUCCGUCUUCCGUUUUUUUUUUCAAAUUUCAUUUCCGCUCACCACUGCUUUUUUUUCUGUGCACAGUCCUGCCUUGUGCACGCAUUUUCUCACUGCCGCUCCGCCAAUUCACGUCAUUUCUGUCACCGAUUUACACAUGAAACAAUUGUUUUCGUUAAUUCAAAUUACACCCAAAAUUCUCGCCAUUUUUUUGCAGGCUGAAACUUCGAAAAUCGGCUCAAAUUCCGUCGUCGAGCCGCUAA